AUGGCUUGGUGGACACCCAACACUGUCAACCCCAAUGCCCUGAGUUGCAAUUUGGAUGACCAAAGUCAGGCACACAUACAAACCGCCGUGAACUCCGAGUCUCAUUUGAACCUUUCGGAAUAUAUCAACCCGAUUUCCGAUGCCGAUCUCUUCGUCGCAUUGCAAAUGCAUCCGAACUUCCCAAUAACCCAAGUCUUUGGCCAAUGGGGGCCCAGCAUAGGACCCUUUGAUCUGUCCGCUCCAGUACCCUGGCAGGAUGUACAGUUGACAUUCUGA